CAAGAUGUCCGAGUAUUGCGAGUAUAUGUGGGAUCCCACGAGAGGUCACGCGAGUACUGCUUUGGCACGGAGUAUCUAUGAGGAGGAAGCCAGGUUCGACAAACGGGACAAGAAACUGGCCAUUAAGACUGUCCGAGCGAUAUUACGAGAAAUACCGGAUGUAGACUUGAAGCAUUGCACGGACGAAUACAUUACGCGUUUCCUGCUGGCUCGGAAGUAUCGCACGGAGCAGGCUGCUACCCUGAUAGCUGCUUAUCAGGCGCAAGUAGCACAUCGGCAAGAUAUAUUCGGCAAUUUAACGGCAAGGGACCCAGCGUUGCAGCGCGCGCUGCGCGCCGGAAUACCGGGUGUACUUCCGGCACGCGAUAGGAAAGGUAGAUGCGUGCUGGUUAUUUUAGCUUCGCAAUGGGACCCCAUUGCGGUACCAGCAUUAUCAGUGCAAAGGGCUCUUUUCUUGGUUCUGGAAAUUCUUAUUCAAGACCCAAGAAACCAGCAAUACGGUUUCGUGGUUGUGGUGGAUUGGAGUGGAUUCUCUUUACGACAGGGCGGUGCCUUGGGUGUAGCGGCACUGCGAAACUUAAUAGCCGCUCUUCGCGGACGAUUUCCGGCCAGAUUCAAAGCAAUCCAUUUCUUAUCCGCACCUCUCUACGUUCAAGCCACGUUGGCCCUCGUGAAACCCUUUUUGGACGAAAAGACUCGAAAUAAGAUCUAUCUUCAUGGAAACAAUUUGAGCACGCUCCAUGAACACCUGCCUACUGACAUCCUGCCAGCAGAAUUGGGUGGUACAGGGCCAGCUUUCAACCCAGGACUAUGGGCAGAACCAGUCAUUCAUUCAGCAAUGAAGGAAGCUGAACUGGCUGCCAUAAAAAAGGAGGAAGAACAAGUGGAAACUACAGAGAGAACGUGUGAUAAGAAGGUGAUUGAGUCCAGAAAUGUGGAAAACUAUAAGAGGAAUGAGACAGAUUCCAUGGAAUUAAACAGUGGCAUAGAGAAGGAGAAUGGGCGACGAUUUUUUAAUCCUUUUGGAAGCGCCACAAAGAAUCAGUCUGUCAAAAAGCCUGGGGCAAAUGUAGAAUUGAAUUCAUUUAAUCGUACUAACGCAGAAGAAAGGAAGGAUGAAAGAAGGGGGAGGAGAAUGAUACAGGAGGAUGAGGAUUCUUCUUGUCAGAGUAAAGAUAAAAUGUUAAACAACAGGAUCAGCGAUUACUUUAGUGAUAAAAGAGAAUCGUACAAAGAUAUAGAGGAUAAUUUACUAGCGCACCAAUCUAGAGUGAAUUCUAACGAGUAUGAGAUCUCAAAUAGGAUAGAUAGUGACGAUAGUAAGGAUAACUCAUUAGAUAACAGAUCUGAGAAUGCACUUAUUGAGGCAGGCAAGUGCGUGAGCCCUUCUGAAGAAACGAAUCUCAUAACGUAA